CAGCAGUCUGAAGCGGCAGAUUGCGGGUGUCCCCAGUGGAGAGCCAGGGAGGUCUAUGUCAUCUACCUCGAAAGAGCCAGGGUCCAGGUAACCAACCAAACACUGUCACACCUUAGAAACUUGACCCAGCCAAGAUGUCUGGACGCCAGGUUAGUCGAUCCAACACUUACAGCCGCUCGAACAAUUCCAACAACACUUCCUUUCCUCCCCGAACUCCAGGCUGGACCCAGUACUCCAAUAUGAACAAUGUCAAGGGCCCAGGUACCCAUUUACCAAGUGGCUCUGAAUUAAGCACCUCCAGUGGCCCCUCCGAGCAGCCCUUCAACCCUGCUUCCCCCAAACUUCCUGUGGGGAAAAUCUGCAUGGGCCGGCCCUACAGCUCCAGGUGUGUAGAGUCAAGUCCCCUGAUGAGAGAUUCCAAGGUGGCCAGAAAGCCCACUUAUCACCGUAGCAACCCCCAAUGCCUGCUCUGCACAGACCGUCCAUCAAGCCCGUCUAGCCCUACCUUCCUGGACCAGCUCAUCAAAGGCAUCAACUACCUGGACAGAUCCACCAACGUUUUCGGCAACAGUUAUCCCAAAGCGCUGAGCUUGCCUCAGCUGGCAGCCACCUACCUGGAACGAGCUGCCAACUCACUCUACAUGGACCCAAUGGACCAUGUCCCACCCCGCAGCUACUCCUCUCCCAGCACUAACAUAGCCACCACUACCAAUCACCCUUCAACCAAUAACUGUUUGGUCCCUUCCAUUCGGGACACCAACACUCUGCAGUACAUGGGAGGCUCCACUGGCUUGAGCUGCCAGCACCAGCCUCAGAAUCAGAGCUUCUCUGCCGAGAUGCCUCAGAGGCCAGGCGUAAAGCUACCAGAGAUCCCUCUGUUUGGUAACGGGCUCUUUUCCUUAGGUCGUCUACCCAAGUUCUGGGAAGCAAUCCGCUCUGGAUGGAGUGCCCCCGAACCCACCUCUAAGCCCUCGGGCUGGUGGUAA